GCACCACGUGGAUCUUAGAACACAUUUGGGACAAUAUGUCCGAUCGCUUAACAGCAAGCGCCGAGAACAAGUUGAAUGAUUUAAACAAGAAAAUUGCGGAAAUCAAGAAGAAGAUCCAGCUAUCAGAGGGACAAAGGAAAGCGAAUUUCGAGGAGUACGAGGCGAAGAAGCAUGAACACGCGGAGAAAAUCGCUGCCCUCAAGCAGAGCGUCAAAGUGUUGUACGCGGAGUACGCGAAAACGAUAAACAACGAGGGAAAAUCGCAGAAGAAGGUUCACAUGAGCCGCGAGUCCUCGGCCUAUGGGAAAAAACGUAAUUUAAGCGAGACAAUUGCUAAAGCGCAGGAGGACAAUGUACGCUUAAGAAAGAGGCACGAUCUAAUUAAGUAUCAGUGCGAGAAGCGACAGCAAAAAUUAAGAUCGCUGGUGGAGGAAUAUGACCAAUUAGUGAACGAUAAAAUGCAAAAACUGUUCAAAAGAAAGAUGGAUAACCCGUUGAGAAACAAAAUCGUCAAGCUAGAGGUGCACUUGGAGCACAUCCGAAUGAAGCAAAUAAAGGCGAACCUGACGCGAAUGAAAUAUCGAGCAAUGCGUUCCGGUUUGAAAGAAAAGUCCGUGUCCUAUGCUUCGUCGUUGAAAAGCCUUGAAGACGAGAUAAGGGAGCAAGAAAACGAAGUGAAGCGUCUGCAGGCAGUGAAGGAAGAAGCUAUCAAGCUAAGAAACAACACGCAGGAGACGUUGAUCAAGGAGGAAAUCGAAAAAGACCGGCCACAGAAACUUGACGGCCGAGAUAAACGUAUUAUUUUGAGAAAAGUAAAAGUGAACCCUGGUUUAAGUGCUCCAACAUUAAGCGCUGAAUUAUUUCAAGAGACAGGAAAGAAAGUUCAUCCAGAUACAAUAUGUCGAGUGUUGAAAACAGAUGGAUAUAAUGUAUUACAUCCACCACCACAGUCAUCAGACUUGAAUUUCAGUGAAAAUGUAUGGGACUUUUUGGACAGGAAAAUUUGGAUCGAAGGAAGAAUUAAAAAAGAACGAUUAAUUGAUGAAUGGAAACGUGUACCGCAAAGUUCCUUACAAAAAGUUAUAGACAAUAUGCCUAAGCGGCUGCGACACACCACAGAGGACAUUACCAAGGACGAGGUGACACGGCUGGAGGUGGCGUUCGCUAAGCUCUGCAGCGCCACCGGAGUGUCCAGGUCCGAGGACGUUCUGAACCGGUUUCUGGGUCAGCGGGCGACCAAGGAUAAUCUACAGAAAAUGCGGGUGGCCACCGAGCAGGAGAAAAUGACCUUAGAAAAGCAGCGGCAACAGUUUAUCGCCGAGAUAGAGACCAGAAAAUUCUCCGAGACGAAGAAUGCAGAGCAGUGA